AAUGUGUUGACAAAGUAUAACAACAGGCUAAUGAAUCCUCUAAACUAAUGACUCUUUAAGUGUGUCAAAGUGAAACUCAACUCGUGACUGUCUUUUACAGGAUCAGCAGUUAUCCAUCAUUCAUUUAUUUCUGAUGUUACUCAAAAAGAAGAUCAUGAACUCCAGACUCUUUCCACUGAUCCUACUGCUGCACAUCCCAGGUUCUCUAACACUGCAAAGUCUCUCUGUGGCCUGUAAAGAGAGUGUCUGUGCUGUGAAGGGGUCUCAGGUGACAUUGGUGUGCUCUUACUCUUACCGAAACAACUUCAAAACUGCGUUCUGGUUCAGUCAGAAACAAAAUAUAAACUGGAGAAAAAACAAUGAACCUGAAGAUUUGACGUUAGACUCUGACUACUCAGGAAGGGUGAAAUCAUCCAUCAGUUAUUACACGUCAACCCUCACAAUAUCAGAUGUGAGAGAGCGAGACUCUGGAGAAUAUCAGCUCAUGUUCAUCAUGAAAGAUGGAGAUAAACAUCUCGCCUCAGUCUCCAUCAAUCUAACAGUCACAGACCUGAAGAUGAGGAUGACCACUAACCCGCGAGAUCAGACAGUAGAACUGGCUUGUGAUUCUUACUGCAGCUCUAAAGAUUGGUCUUACUAUUGGAAGAAUGGAAAUAUUAAAUAUAAUUCAUUUUCCCCCAAGACAUUUGUGGUACCUAACAAAAAUGUAUACAGCCACUUAUGUUCUGUUGACCAAAACAUUAAAAAUCCCUCGUCCUCUGUAUGUGUUUCUAAGAGUGGCUGCUGGGAUGUGUCUUACACAUCUACAAGAAUCUGUGCUGUUAUAAACUCAACAGUAGACAUUUCCUGCACAUACUCACAUCCCUCUGAUUAUACGAUUAAUAAAACAUUCUGGCAUUAUGGUCAGACUGGGGGCUUCAGGGAUCUGUGUGAGGAGCAUCAGUUUGCUGGUCGUGUGGAGUUUGUGGAGAACAAACUGAGAAUCAAAAAGCUCAAGAUCAGCGACUCUGGAGAAUAUCGAUUCAGAAUCAUCACUGACAAAACAGAAGGAAAAUAUUCUGGUUCACCUGGAGUCAUUCUCACUGUUACAGAUACUCAAGUGAUAAGCAGACCACACACUGUAUCAGAGGGAGAAAAAGUUAUAUUAAGCUGUUCAACUAAAUGCACUCUGAGUAACAAACACACUUACAUCUGGUACAAGAACGGACGACAGGUAACAGAUGGAUUCACUAAAUACAACAAGCUGUACCUGGACUCAGUCAGCAAUGAAGAGCUACAAGAGUUCUCCUGUGCUGUACGAGAAAUGAGUCCAGAGGUGAACACAGCUCUACAGAACACCCUGAUUGUCCUGUUUGUGUUGAUGAUUAUCACUCUCAUAGGAGUCCUGCUGCAUAGGUAA